AAUGACUAACCAUAUUGACACCAAAACAAAAUCAAAAUACGUUGAUUUGUUUUUUUUUCUGUUUUUGUUAAUUUUUGUGUUAAAAUGGAUUUGAGUGACAUCGAUGAUGACAUUCUUGAUCAAUUUAUGGAUAGUUUUACUGAAGAAUGUCAAAAAGAGGUUAAGCCAGAAUUAUCAAAACUAGAAAUUAAGAAAGAUCCAGGUCCUGAACACAUACAAGUAUUGUUGAACUAUUUUGGCCACCAGAACUUCCGACCAAUGCAAUGGGAAAUCAUUUCCGCUAUAAUUUAUAAUCGGAGAGACGUCUGUGCUGUAAUGAGCACUGGCUAUGGUAAAUCCUUGUGUUUUCAGUUCCCAUCAACUUUCCUAAGUGGAAUAACGUUAGUAAUUUCGCCUUUGAUCGCCUUAAUGGAAGAUCAAGUGUUGUCAUUAGAAGUAUCAAAUAUCCCAGCCUGCCUCUUAGGGACAGCUCAAAAAAAGCAAAAGGCGGUAGUUGAAGACAUUUUUAAAAAUAAAUACAGUUUGGUAUACUUGACGCCGGAAUUUUGCACAGGCGAUUAUGGCGCUGACUUAUUAAAAAAAAUGAGCACUGAGCUUUCAGUUGUGCUCAUUGCUAUUGAUGAAGCGCACUGUAUUAGUUCAUGGGGGCACGAUUUUCGCCACCAGUAUCGACAGUUGGGGACUUUGAGGACGAUUUUUGCAGAGGUACCAAUUAUAGCGGUCACCGCUACUGCCACUUCAAGAGUGCGCCAGGAUAUUAUCACAAACUUAAAACUACGAAAUCCUUUGCAUAUUUGCACUGGAUUUGAUAGGCCUAACAUUUAUUUUGAAGUUAAUAUGAAAAGUUCAGGUGGCGUAUUCAAGGAUUUAAACAAGUUUAUGAGUUAUGAAGGCGCUACUUGGAAGUUUUCAGGAUCAACCAUUAUCUAUUGUAUUACACGAAAAGAAACUGAAGAGUUAGCUACUAUAUUAAAGGGUAGUGGUAUUAAAUGUCUCCCUUAUCACGCCGGUUUAUCAAUAGACACAAGAGAGGAAACUCACAGGCUAUUUGUAAAAGACAAAGUUGAUGUAAUUGUAGCCACAAUUGCUUUUGGAAUGGGAAUUGAUAAACCAGACAUCCGAAACGUCAUUCAUUAUGGUUGCUCUAAAAGCAUAGAAAGUUAUUACCAGGAAGUUGGGAGAGCUGGUCGCGACGGUCUUCCAGCACACUGUGCAACGUUUUAUGCUAAUGGUGAUUUUCGUAUUCUUAGGUGUCUGAAUUCGACAUCUAGCGGUAGUUUAGAGCAAAAGGAGGCUAGUUUGAAAAAAAUAGAAGAGUACUUUAUGACGCGAAAGUGCCGGCGGCGGUUUAUUUUGGAACAUUUUGAGGAUAAGGUUGAUCACUUGGACAAACCUAGGAAGACUUGCUGUGAUAUUUGCACAAAAAUAUUGUGUGACGCUAGGACUGAUUGCGAAAAAUACGAAGGGAUAGACGAAAAUGGCUGCUACGAUUUUACUAAAGACGCUAAAACAUUCCUGAAAGCUGUAUCCGUCUUCAAUAGCGCGAAAUUUGGUUUAGGAAUUUAUAUUUUAUUUCUCAGGGGCUCGAAUUCGUCAAAACUUCACGAACGUGAAAGAAAACAUGAAUUUUUUGGGAGCGGAAAAAACCGGUCAGAAGCUUGGUGGCAGGCCAUUGCCAAGCUUCUCGUACAAGAAAAAUAUUUGCUCGAAAAAACCGAAAAAACGUCAAUGGGGUUUACAUAUGUUGCAAUUUCGUUGUCAGAUAAAGGAAGGGGGAUGAUUUCUAGCGACGAAAAACUUGUAAUACCUCCGACAUCUACCAUUGUUAAGUUAUUGAAGCCAAAAUCGAACCCUCAAAAGACGUCUAGCAGCGUGUGGAUAUCCUCCACACAAAAACCCACCAUUGCCCCUUCAACCAGCAAGAAACCAGUUCCCGAAACCACCGAAACCCAAGCCGAAAUCGACAAACGCAUGGCUUUAUAUCGCAAACUCCUCGAACAGAGAGGCGAAAUCGCCUCCCAGCUCGACUGUAUGCCGUACAUGGUCGCCUCAAACGCGGCCUUAAUGACCAUGUCAAAGCUCAGACCCGCCACUCUUCCAGAAUUGCGCAGCUUAAACCUUGACGGGUUUACGGAAGCCAAAAUAAAUAAAUUUGGCGACAUAUUUUUGGAAGUCAUCACUGGCACUUCAAGACAGGUGUCAAGCGGCAGGAAGCUCUCAAUCAAAGAGAUUCUCGGGCGGAAUCCGUUGCCAGAAGUUUCAAUGGGUCUGACGGCCCAAGUUUCUUGUACCAUGAUAGAGUCGGGUCUCACUGUGGGGGAAAUUGCGGAGAAGAGGAGCGUGACGAAGGGGACUAUAGUGUCACAUUUGUUGCUGGGAAUCAAAUUUGGGUAUCCCAUUAAAAUGGCGGAGUUGGGCGUCACGGAGGAAAACCGGGAUGUGAUUGUUAAGGUUUAUAGGAAAUUCUGCAUGACCGGUUUUACACCAGUGAAACUAACCCCCUUAAAAGAACAGUGCCCUCCCGAAAUAACGUUUGAUGACAUAAGGACCGUGCUAGCGUAUUUGCAAGUGCGCUGCCAUCUUGAGAAACUUAACAUUCCGUAUCAAGAAUUUGAAGAUUUUCAGUACAAUGAAGUAGAUUCAGAGGGUUGUAGUGACAAGGAUUGGGUUGUCAAGAGUGAAAUCAAAGACUUCCCACAAACACAACCAGAAGUUACUGAAUCGCCAGCCAAGAAGAUUAAGACUGAGUUUGAUGUUUCUGACUAUGAUGACAUUCUUGGUUCUCCACCUAAAAGUCCAGCCCCAAAUAAGUGUGACGAGGGGAAUACCAAACCUACGUCCGAAGAACCAACUCAGACCACAAUCGUCAAUAGAAACGUCAAAUCAAAAAAGAAAGUGCUGCCACCUUGGUUCACCAUUAGAAAACAUUAAAUUUCAUGUUCUCGUUUUUUAUUGUUUACAUUUUAAGUACCAAAUGUUCUAAAUAAUGUUAUAAACUAUUUUUGACUAAUUUA